UCCAGAUCUUGCGCGUGGGCGUGGGUCCAUUUCAAGGAAAGAGGGCUUUUAAGGGAUUCCUUGAGAUCGGUUUGGGCAUUCACACAUGAUUUCUACUUUCUAACCCUAACGAAGACGCAGCUCCAACUCCGAGCAGGCAAAAACCAGAGCGAGACAGAGAGACCUUUUGCGAGGGAAGCCCCCCAAAAACAUGGCAGCAACCGGUGGUUCCAGCGCGUCGGUGACCCAGUACGACGUGUUCUUGAGUUUCAGAGGGCCCGACACUCGCGACACCUUCACCGACUGCCUCUACCGGGACAUGGUCGGCCAGGGGAUCGUCGCCUACAGAGACAGCGAAGAGCUUCACGCUGGUGAUCGGAUCGACGAUCUUCUGAGAGCGGUCGGCGAAUCCAAGAUCUGCAUACCGGUCCUCUCCAGAGGCUAUGCUUCGAGUGCUUGGUGCCUCCGCGAGCUCGCUCGAGUGACGGAGCUCCAUGAAUCGACUGGGAAGCCCGAGAUCCUACCCAUCUUCUUUGAUGUCACGCCCACCGACGUCAAGCUCAGGACGAAACUGUACCUCAAGGACUUAAAGAAGCAUGGGCAGAGGCACGGUUCUGAGAUCAGGCAACGGUGGGAGGCGGCUUUGGGAAAAGUGGCUGAGAUCAAGGGAUGGGAAGUCCGAGGGAAAGCACAAGGUGAAGUCAUUGAACUCGUUGUGAAAGAGGUUCUGUAUAAGCUGAAAGUAAAACAAAGACCUCUGGACAACAAAUCGGUUGGGGUAGACAAACAAGUAGAAGCCAUAAUGGAUUUGUUAGAUGUUGACUCUGGCACGGGUGUGCGUUUCGUUGGAAUCUAUGGAAUGGGCGGGAUCGGUAAAACUACUCUUGCUAAGAUUGUUUUCAAUGAAUUAUGUCUUCAGUUUGAUGGCCAAUGCAGCUUCAUUGGGAACAUCCGAGAAUCAUCGAAAGGAAAUGGCCUAGUAAAUCUGCAGAAACAGUUGGCAUCCGACAUCUCUGAUUCUAGAUUUGUAGAAAAUUUUAGUAACACUGAUGAAGGGAUAGACAGCAUAAGAAGGAUAGCUAGUUCUAAGAAAGUUCUCAUUGUUCUAGAUGAUAUAGACAAGAAAGAGCAACUUAAGAAACUAGCUGGGCACCCUAACACUUUCUGUUUUGGGAGUAGGAUUAUCAUCACAACACGAGACAAACGAAUUUUGGAUGAAGAGAAGGGAAUAUUAGCUUAUGAAGUGAAGGAAAUGGAUCGUGAUAAAGCGCUAGAACUUUUCAGUUUGCAUGCAUUUAACGGGGACUCUCCUCCCAAUGCUUAUCGAAGUCUCUCUCAAGAAGUUGUAUUUAUGACCGGGGGACUCCCAUUGGCUCUUGAAGUCAUAGGUUCCUAUCUUCAUGACCAAAAAGAGGAAAUAUGGACAGAAACGCUAGAAAUGUUGAAGAAGGUACCUCAUGAUGAAGUUUGGGAUAAGUUGAAGAUAAGUUAUGAUGCAUUAGGAGAUGUGGAAAAAGAAGUUUUUCUUGAUAUCGCAUGCUUCUUCAUAUCUAGAAAGAAAUUAUGGGCAGCCUAUUUCUGGGAUGCUUGCCAUCUUUACCCCCAUAAGUCAUUGAAAAAACUUACCGAUUUGUGUCUAAUUAAAAUUGUUGAUGGUGAUACUAUAUGGAUGCAUGAUCAAUUGAGAGACCUUGGAAGAGACAUUGUUAAAAAGGAAUGUACCCUUAGUAGGUUGUGGAAUGGCCGAGAAGCUUUGGAAGUAAUGAGAUCAAAAGAGAGAAAAGGCAAAGUUAAAGCACUCAAUUUAGUUCGAUAUGGUUUGGAUACCCUCAACAUUGUGGAUGAAGAACUUGAGAGGAUGCCAAAUCUAAAAUUUCUCCGUUUAUAUGAAGGGACUUUUGCCGGAGACAUCAACAAUUAUCUCCAAGAGCUAAGUUGGCUUUCUUGGCAUUCUCCUCCUUUAGAUUGUGGAAUGGCCAAUUUGCACAUGAAAAAUCUAGUCAUUUUCGAACUUUCAAACAAUGGGAACACCGAAAACUGGGGUGGAUGGAACAUUCUCAAGAUGGAAAACAAAUUGAAAGUUCUUUCUCUCUUCUAUUGUGAUGGAUUGAAACGGACUCCAGACUUUUCUGGAUGUGUGAGUUUGGAGAUACUAUCUCUCGAUGUCUGUCAAAACUUGCAAGAAGUUGACUCCUCUAUUGGGAAACUAAAAGGUCUUACUCACUUGCAAAUUCAUGGGUGUCAUUUAUUACGAAAUUUGCCUAAAGAGAUUGGAGGACUAGUGAAUCUGAAUCACUUUUAUAUCCAGGAGUGCUCCAAAAUCAAGAAACUUCCAAACAUCGGGAAAUUAGCAUCAUUGUCUAAGUUGGAUAUAUCAAGCACAAAAAUUACAAGUUUACCUGAUUCUAUUUGUAAUGCAAAGAACCUAUCAUUCCUUGAUCUAUCAUACACGUCAAUUGUAAAACUUCCGAUUUCUAUUGGAGAGCUUACAGAAGUCAAGUUCCUUUCACUCUCUAAUUGUCAAAAUUUUGUGGAGCUUCCACAAUCAAUAGGUUAUUUGACAAAAUUACUGGAGUUGGAUCUCUCAAGGACAAAAAUUGUUGAGUUACCUGAUUCGAUAAAGAAUCUCAAGAAAUUGAAGGUGAUGAGGAUGGCAUGUUGUCCAAUACAGAGGUUGCCUGCCGGUAUUGGAAUGCUAGAGAGCAUGGAGGAGCUCAAUGUCCAAAAUUGUCAACAACUUGCAGGCAAACUCCCAACUACAAUUGGCAAACUGUUGUCUCCAAGUAUCCUAGACAUAUCACAAACUAGUGCUUGUGCAGUCCCAACGACAAUUAAUUCCCUCACGCAACUCCAAGAGCUGGAUCUAUCAUUUUGUUAUAAGCUUCAAGAGCUGCCAAAACUUCCCUCAAGUUUGAAUUGCCUAUAUUUUAAAUCAGUAUCAUUGCGGUUAGUUCCAGAUCUUAGUUACCUCACGAAUCUGGUGUCUUUGAAACUGUCCAACUAUGGAAAAGCACUUGCCCAGGCAUCAACUCUUCAAUUGCAAUGGGUUGGGAAGUUAUCUAAGUUGGAGCAAUUGGAGUUGUGCCUUUCAAAUCUUCCUGUGCCGUCAACGGAGUUGGGUUGCCUACCUCGACUUAAAACACUCACCUUACCUUGUGUGGAUAGUUUCGACUCGGUAGUCAUUGGACCACAAUUUUCGCGCUUGAAAAAUUUGUCCAAAUUGCAUCUUUGUCACUCUCCACUAAGGGAAAUUCAACUCGAUGGGCUUGAACUAUUGGGAAAUUUGACUGUGACAUAUUGCAAGUUUCUUGAGGGAUUGUCAGUUAAUUCAUUGAGAUGGAGGAAGCUGUCUAGAAUGGAAGUUGAAGAGUGCCCAAAGCUUCUUCAAAUUCGAUUUCUUGGUACGAUGGAAUCAUUGGAGAGGCUCUUAGUUGAAGACUGUAAAUCCCUAGGAGGGUUGUAUGGUUUAUCAAACUUGAAGAAGCUUGAGACUUUAAAAUUCCACACAUGCCGUGUGCUACCGGUUAUUGAGGGCCUUGAAGAAUUGGAGCUUUUGCAGAACUUGGACUUCUUGGGGUGUCCAUCGUUGAAAGUGUUGACUAAUCUACCCAACUCAAAGAUACCAAAUGAAUGCGUCAUAGAGGUAUCGAAUUGCAAGAAGUUACCAGAUUGCAAUUAUGGCUAUUACGGGGAUUAUAGAGAGGAGAUUCUUGACUGGACAAGGAGGGGAUUAAACCAGGAGGGUGCGGCACAGUUCUUGAAACAUGGCCGACCGCUCAUUGUACAGAUGCUAGAAGAAUUGAAGGUUCCUUAUCACGAAGAAUGGGAUAAAUUGAAAUGGACUGGAUACCCGAGUUUAGAGACAUUGUAUUUUCACUACUGUCUAAACUUGCGAAAAUUUGACUCCUCAAUUGGGAAGAUGAAAAUUCUUACUCAAUUGGACAUCAUUUGGUGUACGAAUCUUCGAACUUUACCUGAAGAGAUUGGAGGACUGGUGAAUCUGAAGCACUUCUCUAUCAAAAAGUGCUCCCAAAUGGAGAAACUUCCAUACUCUAUAGGGAAAUUAGGAUCAUUGUCUAAGUUGGAUAUAUCAUCCUCAAGAAUUACAAGUUUACCUAAUUCAAUUGGCAAUGCAAGACAUCUGUCAUUCCUAAAUCUAUCAGGCACGCCAAUUGUGGAACUUCCAAUUUCUAUCGGAGAGCUUACACAACUCGAGUUACUUUCACUCAAAUAUUGUCGAAAUUUGGGGGAGCUUCCAGAAUCAAUUGGCAACUUGACAUCAUUACAAAAGUUGAAUCUCUUGGGGACAAAUAUUGUUGAGUUACCUGAUUCGAUUAUAAAUCUCAAGCAAUUGAAGGUGAUGAGGAUGGGAUUUAGUCCAAUAAGGAGGUUACCUGCCAGUAUUGAAAUGCUAGAGAAGUUGGAGGAGCUCCAUGCCGAACAUUGUGAACAACUUGUAGGCGAACUUCCGACUGAAAUUGGCAAACUAUUGUCUCUGACUAUGAUAGACAUUUCAUAUACCCAAAUUAGUGCAGUGCCAAUGGCAAUCAAUUACCUCACACGACUCCAAAAGCUGGAUUUAACACAUUGUAAUGAGCUUCAAGAGUUGCCAGAGCUUCCCUUGAGUUUGCAUUGUCUACGUGUUCACUCAGCAUCAUUGCGGUUAGUUCCGGAUCUUAGUAACCUCACAAAUCUAGUGGAAAUGCUUCUGUCUAACGGCUUUGGACAAGCACCUACCCAACCAUCAAACCCAAUGCAAACUUUCCGAUUGCAAUGGGUUGGAAAGUUAUCUAAGCUAGAGAAGUUGAGCUGGGGCCUUUCAGAUUUUCCCAUUUCGUCAACAGAGUUGGGUUGCCUACCGCGGCUUAGAGAACUCACUUUAUCUGGCAUGGACAAUUUUGACUCGAUAGUUGUUGGACCACAAUUUUCCAACUUGAAAGAUCUGUCCAUAUUGUGUCUUCAUAGCUCUCCACUAAGGGAAAUUCAAUUGGAUGGGCUUGAACUAUUGAGUAAUUUAGGUGUGAGAGAAUGCAAGUUUCUCGAGCGACUGUCAGUAAUUUCAUCAAGUCUGAGGAAGCUCUAUAAAAUGGAAGUUUUAGAUUGCCCAAAGCUACUUGAAAUUCAAUUUCCCAGUACAAUGGAAUCAUUAGAGGAACUUCGAGUUGGCUAUUGCGAUUCACUGGGAGGGUUGCACGAUUUAUCAAACUCGAAGAAGCUGAAGGCUUUGCGGAUCUACCAAUGCAAUGGGCUACGGGUUGUUGAGGGCCUUGAGGAAUUGGAGCUUUUAGGUUUUUUGUAUCUUUCUAGGUGUGGAUCGUUGGAAAGAUUGACUGAUGUAUCCGACUCAAAGAUACCAAAUGAAUGUAGGAUAGAAGUAUGGGGUUGCAUGAAACUAAGUAGUUAUGAGGGUACUUACCAAGGUUACAAAGAGAUGAUUCUUGUCAUGACGAGAAUGACAUUCAACAAGGAAGAUGCAAGGGAAACAGAUGCAGAAGAAUCAGUGAUGGACACCAAUAACUACUAUUCUCAGAACUUGCCAUUGACUAUAGGUUUUCUAUGGUCUCCAGAACCCGACACUGAGCUCGAUUCUACAAGCUUGAAUAAUUCCCAAGUUCCUUCACGAACCACAUCUUCGGAUGUUUCCAGAAGUUCAUGCUCAAUUCUAUAAGCAAAAGGUGACUGAUUCUAGCAAUGGAGAGAUGAAUAAAUUCACAAUGUGAUCGAGUUUGGGAAUCUGUGAAAUUGCCAGAAGUACUGGAGUUUGCUCUAAGGACAUGUCCCCCCUCUCCCAGGUCCAUCACAAGAGAAACUUUAUGUGGAUUUGUCCGAGGAAAUUAAUUCCAUUUUGUGAAAACCCAUUUGUGUGCCACAUCGAUUUCCGAUACAUAUGAUACUUUUCUCAAAGGUGCGCAAUAUCGGACCAGGUCAAGCUCUAGGUAUUGAUGUGGAGGAGACCUCUAGUCCUAUGUGCUACCGAUCGAGUUCCCGGGAAAUGGAUUAUUGGACUUCACUGGAUAAAGCAGGCCGCCUGGGGACUAGUUUUCGAGUUAAUUACGCUGAAGCUACUGUAGAAUGGCUUCCAUAUGCAAUAUAUGGAGAGCUAGGAAAGACUUGCUGCAUAAUCAAGUUGCUUCUCCUGUUGACGUUGGGAUGAAUCCCCUAGUGUUUGCAGCAAGAUAUAGCAUCGAAGGGUGCAUAAGCUGCUGCAGAAAAAGGUUAUUCUGAUUUGGCAUUUGCCUGAAGUGUAUUGGUAUGCUAGGCCUUUAAUAAUUAGUCUUGUGACUGUUUUGGAUAUUUGGGCAGUUAGUGUUUACGUUCUAGUUGGAGCUAAGGUUGUUGCUUGAGUAGUGUGCUAAUAAUAUUGUUAGGUUUUGAUAAAUUAUAUUGAGUUGACAAUUUGA